AUGACUCCGCAGACCGGUUAUGAUCGCUCGAGGGUUAAAAUUCCGAAACUGAACUGUAACGGAAAUAAUUGUACCGAAUUAAAAAUUCCGCCUACAUUACGUGAUCCUGAUGGAUAUACAUUAAAUUACGCUACACAUUGGUGGGAUGCUAGUAUGAUUUAUGGUUCUAACUUAGCACAGCAAAAAUUAGUACGUACAUUUAGAAAUGGAAAACUAGUUGUGGGUAAGAAAUCGUUAAAUCUGAAGCGUGAUAGAAAAACUGGUUUACCUAUUACGUCAGUGACAAAUAAUUGGUGGAUUGGUUUAUCAUUAAUGCAUAGUAUUUUUUUUGCUGAACAUAAUUAUUUAGCUGAUAAAUUAUCUAAGGAAUAUCCCACAUGGAAUGAUGAACAAAUUUUCCAACAUGUGCGUAUAAUCAUAGCAGCUAUACUAGCUAAAAGGGCUGUUCACAAACGAUAA